AUGCAGGAGAAUAGUGGCGCCUUUCUGCAUGUCAUCCGGGAGGACGAGCCAACUCCUUUGUUGUCACCCGGGGAACGGCUCAUUGAGGUAUGUGGACGCCUGGAGCGCAAGCUCGAAGGAAUCCAGGUGGUGCUCCGUACCGCUGACAGCAUGCCUGGAAAUGCACCAAAAGAUACUCGCAUCAUCGUUCCCGAAGUACUUGCAGAUCCUCUCAUCAUGGACCAGGUUGCUUCCGCCUACAACAGCUGCGUGGUGGAGAGACUACCAGGUGCAGCUGAUGGUGAGGCAAUGCUGCUGGUAGCUGGGUCUAUCAGCUCACGGAUCCAGGCAGUGCAGGAGUUUAUGUCGAAGACAGACCGUGCACACAUGGAGGGCAUAGCAGUGGCCAAGAGUGUGGAUGGUGAAGUGGUAGGCAAAGAUGGCCGACCUCGGCGGGAAAUCCGGGAGGGUUUAGGCUAUGCGCCCAGCAACCCCCCUCCUCCUCGAGAACCGGCACCGUGGUUGCUGCGCGAUCAGACAGAUGGGCAAAGAAUGGCCAGUGAGGCCAGUGAGGCAAGAUCAGGAUUUGAAGAGCGAGCUCAAAGUGAAAGCUACGCAUCCAUACCUGAGCCAUAUCAGGCAAGGCAAAUGGCCGAUGCUUGGCCCGGUGCUGCCAGCUUAUCCUCCAGUGCUUCCAACACUAGAAGAGGUGGAGGCAAGGAUUUGAUGCCAGCUGCGAGCUCCGGCAAUGGUUGGCAAGGACUGCAAGCACCGGUGUCUCCGCAUGCUGGAAGCACGAGGCAGCCAAGCUCUGUUGAGGCCCCGCCAGCUUCCAACAUGUUGAAUAGUCCGAAUGGCAUGACUUCCUCGCAGCAGCGAAUGGUACACUCACCUGAGCCAGUGCCAAGCAAGUCGACAAAGGAGCACGAGGUGCAGUCACUGCGUGAUGCUUUGGCUUCAGCCACGAAGGCGGCGCCAGAGGUGGAGGCUUUGCUACUUCGCAGUGCUUCGACCGGCAGCACGCGGACAGAACUUCCUGUCAUUUUGAGUAGUGAUCUUUUAUUUAAGACGCUAGUCCCAAGUGGAUUCCUGCAAGAUUUGUCUUGCAGAUACCAGGUCCACAUUGAUAUCAGCGCAGAUGAGUCAUUACCAGCGUCCUUGAGACAAGUGGUAUUAAGUGGCACUGCUGCUGCCAAUGCAGCGGCCGCCUACUGGUUGCAGGUUGGGACACUGCGCCAUUUGGUGAGAGACGGCUGA